AUGGUGAAUGCAGCAAGUGGUGGAGGGCUAGUGAAUAAGACUCCAGGAGAUGCAACUAGGCUGAUUGCAGAGCUAGCAGAGAAUUCUAGGCAGUUCAGUCAGAGAACUCCCACGCGCCGGGGGAACCAACAACAACAGCAAAAUGCUCAAGGCCAGCAGCAAUAUCAGCAAUAUAGGGCACCAUUGGCCAAAACCUCAAAGGCCAAAGCUCAAAUUCGAAAUGAUAUGUCAACUGAUGAAAUGAUUAGAUCACUAACUUCUAAUGUUUCUACUAUGCAGCAAAACAUGGUGCAAUUCCAGCAAGAGACCAAAAUCCAACUUGAAGCUAAGGAUUCGGGAAAACUUCCAUCUCAAACGGAGUUGAAUCCUAAGCAACAAGCCAACGCUAUUACAUUGAGAAAUGGCAAGGAGCUGAAAGAGACUGAAAUUGCAACUAAGAGGGCUGAAGAGUUGAUUGGAGCUGAGGAGAAGGAAGUGGAACAUGAAGCUGUAGCAAAUCCUCCCACUUUUCCAUCUUAUGAACCCACACCACCUUUUCCUGAAGCUUUGAAAGAAACGAAGAGGUAUGAGAAGGACAAGAUAUCUAUGAAAACAUUCAGCAAGUGUGAGGUAAACAUUCCCCUUUUGAAUUUAAUAAAGAGUGUUCCUCGAUUCGCUAAAUUUUUGAAAGAACUUUGUACUAUUAAGAGGAAGCACAGGUUAGGAGGGAAGGAAAAAGUGAAAGUCAGUGCUCAUGUUUCUGCAGUUUUCCAAAAGAAACUUCCUGAAAAAUGUAGUGACCCUGGUAUGUUUACUGUUCCAGUUACAAUAGGGGACACCACUUUUCGUAGAGCAAUGUUGGAUUUGGGUGCAUCAAUUAAUGUUAUUCCAUAUUCACUGUUCAAAUCUUUGGAACUUGGACCCUUACAUGACACCGGGGUAGUGAUUCAAUUAGCUGAUAGAUCAAAUGUUUAUCCUAAGGGAGUAGUGGAAGAUGUGCUUGUGAAAGUUGAUGAACUAAUUUUUCCUGCUGAUUUUUAUGUGCUUGAUAUGGAACAUGAUAGACAAGCAGUACCCAUCUUGUUAGGAAGACCUUUCUUUGAAAACUGCUAG